AUGAAGACCCCUUCUCACAAACACGUCAAUGCCACCACCAGCAUCCCCACCACUACCAUCACCCCUACCACUACCAUCAACAUCAAUAUCACCACUGCCACUACCACCGCCGCCGCCGCUACACAGCAGGGCUCUGUCUCCUGCCAUAAUCAGCGAAGACGUGUCUCAGCUGAGCAGAAGUCGAUUGAUUGCCAAGAGCGCCUCGAACUGUUCCUUGCAGAUGUCGACCUCAGUAUUUGCAGCAAUGUGCAAGUCGGCAUGGUCGAGCGACAAAAGAGUCGAAUCGACCAUAACCUGGACAUCAUUGCCGUCGUUGACCAACUCUUUCAUGGCGGAGACGUCAGCAGAACCGCCGAUACCCAGGUCGGCGAUGACUAG